AUGUCUGCGCAGUCAGAGCUUCCUAUGACGAACGAAAAAUCACGACCAGAGUCUGCGGUCACCGUGGCCGGAGAUGCCCCGACUCCAAUAAAACCCAAAGACUCGAACGACAAUGAUUUUCUUCCCGCCACAAAUACUGACGGUGUCCCUCCCGGUGCUACUCGUAGGGGUGACACCCUCAUCCUAGAUUGGGAUGGCCCCGACGACCCGGGCAACCCGAGAAACUGGACGCAGUUCAAGAAAUGGCGAGCAAUGCUCAUCGUCUCCUCAUUCACUUUCAUCUCGCCAGUCUCGUCCUCCAUGAUUGCACCUGCAAUGGGCCAACUACAAGAGGCUUUCAACAUUACCUCGACUGUGCUGCUCGCAAUGACGACGAGCGUCUUCGUGCUGGCGUAUGCGUUCGGACCUCUAUUCUUGGGACCAUUAUCGGAAUUAUACGGCCGUUCGCGCGUGCUACAGAUCUCAAACAUGUGGUACUUGGCCUGGAACCUCGGCUGUGGCUUUGCGCAGAAUAAAGGGCAGUUGAUCGCCUUCCGUUUCAUGGCCGGGCUGGGUGGCUCCGCGCCAUUAUCAAUCGGUGGUGGAGUCAUCGGUGACCUCUUCACGCCUGAGCAUCGAGGGCAGGCUAUCGCUAUCUACUCCCUGGCCCCGCUCAUCGGACCGGUAGUCGGGCCUAUCGCUGGAGCAUGGAUUGCUGAAAGGUCCACAUGGAGAUGGGUGUUCUGGUCGACCACGAUCGUCGAUGCCGCAAUUCAAGUAUUGGGUCUCUUCUAUCUUCGCGAGACGUACGCCCCUGUUCUGCUUGAGCAACGCGCCGAACGCCUGCGCAAAGGCAGCGACAUAGAGAAGAACAUAGAGAUCAGGACGGUAUACGAAGAAAAGAUGGACCGAGACUGGAAGGUGGUCAUGAAGAAGUCACUCAUCCGACCUUUCGUCCUCUUCUACUAUGAGCCCAUCAUUCAGCUGCUGGGAGUCUACAUGGCUUUCGUCUACGGGCUGAUGUAUCUCGUGUUGACGACGAUCCCGGGUAUCUUCGAAGGCGUUUACCAAGAGGAUGUCGGAAUUGCGGGCCUGAACUACCUAGCCCUUGGUGUUGGCCUCACGGGUGCUUCACAGAUCAAUGCGCGCUUGCUGGACUACCUCUAUCGCAAGCUCAAGGAACGUAAUGGUGGUGCUGGCAAGCCCGAAUAUCGUCUACCAUCUAUGUUCCCUGGGACGCUCAUUCUUCCUGCUGGUCUCUUCAUCACGGGAUGGACCGCGCGCGCCGAUGUCCACUGGAUAGCGCCCGACAUCGGCAUCGCGUUGAUUGGGGCUGGUGUCAUCUUGAACUUCCAGGCCAUCCAAACCUAUGUAAUUGACGCCUUCACCUUGCACGCUGCCUCUGCGCUUGCAGCUGUCGCAUUCCUCCGCAGUCUUUGCGGUUUCGGUUUCCCUCUAUUUGCUCCCGCCAUGUACUCUGCUCUAGGAUAUGGCAAAGGCGACUCGAUUCUGGGAGCCGUCGCUAUCGUCAUUGGCUGUCCCGCUCCCUAUCUCUUUUGGCACUACGGCGAGCGCAUCCGCAAGGCAAGCCGUUACGCUCACAAAUCUUGA